UCCGGGAUCCCACUGGAGCGCUCAGGCUCAGCAGCACUCCGAACCCACCAGCCAUGAUUAUUUGGGGUCUCCUUUCCCUCCUCCUCCUCACUGUGGCUCGUGGAACCCCCAUCGGAGACCAGGAUGAAGAUAUCCAAGUGCAGGAGAAUUUUGAGGCUGAGCGGAUGUACGGCAAGUGGUUCGACAUCGCCAUCGGCACCACCUGCAAAUGGAUGAAGAACUACAAGGAGAAGUUCAGCAUGGGCACACUUGUGCUGGGUCCUGGCCCCAGCACGGACCAGAUCAGCACUACCAGCACCAGGCUGAGGCAAGGUGACUGCACACUAGUCUCAGGGGAGUACCAGAAAACCAGCACCCCUGGAAAAUACACCUACUACAACCCCAGAUGGGAUGUGUCUAUCCAGUCCUAUGUGCUCCGUACCAACUAUGACGAAUAUGCUGUCAUUCUGAUGAAGAAAAAAAGCAGUUUUGGUCCAAGCACCACCCUGAAGCUGUAUGGGAGGAGUCCAGAGCUACGGGAGGACCUCAUGGAGUCUUUCCAUCAGCUGGCUCUGGAGAUGGGCAUCCCCGAAGACUCCAUCUUCAUCCUGGCCAACAGAGGUGAAUGUGUUCCUCAAGACAUUGAGAAUGCUCCCCAGAGAGCACGGAGAGCAGUCCUACCCCUGGAGGAGGAGGGCUCAGCUGCAGGACCCCUGCCCACAUACAUUGGCAAUAAGGAAGACUCGUGCCGGCUGAGCCGGGACCCCGGGCCCUGCAGCGGGAUGCUCCCCCGCUUCUUCUACAACUCCUCCUCCAUGGCCUGUGAAACUUUCCACUACGGAGGCUGCCUGGGCAACGGCAACAACUUCUACUCAGAAAAGGAGUGCCUGCAGGCGUGCCGCACCGAGGCUGCCUGCCGGCUGCCCAUCGUCCCAGGUCCCUGCAAGGCACUGUUGACACGCUGGGCCUUCGAUGCAGCCCAGGGCAAGUGCGUCACCUUCAUCUAUGGGGGCUGCAAGGGCAACGGGAACCAGUUCUACUCAGAGAAGGAGUGCAAGGAGUACUGCGGGGCUCCUCAGCUGGCAGAGGACGAGGAGUUCCUGCAGCUCUCCAACUGAUGCAGGCAGAGGAUGAAGAGCCAGCAUCCAGCACCAGGGUCCUGCAGGACAGUGCUGACAGCUGUGGUGGCCCAGCAGAUUGCAAAUGUCUCUCCAGCAGUAAAUGUCCCUCAUGUGACCAAA